AUGCUUUCGAAUUCAAGGAGUACCGAUAUUACUACCCAUAUUAAAAUAAUUCUGCAACAGGAAAGGUGUUAUUUUCUCUAUCUAUUCCUAAAAACAGAUAGAGCACCUUGGGGUUCUAAUUACUCAGAUGAGGUGAAACCUCUUCUCUCACAGGUUGGAGAAGAACUUAAAAUAAACGUCACAUUUCAUGCUUUCGAAUUCAAGGAGUACCGAUAUUACUACCCAUAUUAA